UACACAUAAGUUCAUUUAGUGAAUGGUUUAAAAAUUUUUGAAAAAGAAAAUUUUUUAUUUAGUUCAUGAAAAUAUAACAUUUUCAAAAUUACUUUUAGUUUUUUUUUUUAAGAUAGUAAUUAGGAAUUUCGUCAUUAUGAAAGUGUUGUUACUAGUGUUUAUUGCCACCGUGUGUUCAGCGGCACGUUUAGAAAAUAAUUAUUUGCCACCGCAAGGAGCAAGUCGAGCGGGUGGUGGUCCUGGAAUUGCUCCACCAGUAUAUGGACCUCCUAGUGCGGGAGGUGGUGGUGGUGGCGGCCGAGGAGGACCAGGAGGGCCAGGUGGAAAUGGAGCUUUAGGUGGUCGAGGAGGAGGAGGUGGUGGCGGUUUUGGUGGUGGUGCCGGUGGAAAUGGAGCUCUAGGUGGUCGAGGAGGCGGCGGUGGUGGCGGUUUUGGUGGUGGUGCGGGAGGUGGUUUUGGAGGAGGAGCGCCUGGUCCACGUAAUCCAAAUGCUGAUAUUCCAAUUAUUUCAUAUGAAAAUGAAAACUCCGGUGAUGGAAACUACAGAUACAGUUAUGAAACUGGUAAUGGCAUCAAAGCUCAAGAACAAGGAACAUUGAAAAAUGCAGGUGGUCCAGAUGGAGAAUCAAUUUCCGUACAAGGUUCAUAUUCGUAUACAGAUGAUCAAGGAAACUUAAUAGAAGUUACAUAUACCGCUGAUGAAAAUGGUUUCCAACCACAAGGAGCUCAUUUACCAACUCCUCCACCAAUUCCAGAAGCUAUCUUAAAAUCACUUCAACAAAAUGCUGCGGAAGAAGCAGCUGGAGGUGGCCAAGGAGGCGGUUAUGGUGGUGGUGCUGGUGGCGGACAAGGAGGAGGAUACGGUGGUGGUGCACCAAGUGGUCCAAGUGGACGAGGUGGAUAUCCAUCGGGUCCUUCAGGUCCAUCUCCUUCAUACGGAGCUCCAGGUGGUGGAGCCCCAGGAGGCGGAUUCCGAGCACCUGGUCAAGGACCAUCCAGACCCUCGUUCUCUCCACAAACUGGUUACAAUUACUUCUUCGUGGCCUGCUUAGUCGCUGUUUGUUCAGCUGGACGUUUACAAAACAAUUAUUUACCACCAAGGGGUGCUAGUCAAUCUGCCGGUGCAUCCGCUGGUAUUAUUGCACCUGUUUAUGGUGCUCCAGGUGCUGGUAUUGGUAUUGGUGCCGGCGCUGGGAUUGUUGCUAGUGCUUUUGGUGGUGCUAGAUUCGCCCCACAACCAAGAAACCCAAAUAAUGAUAUUCCAAUCUUAUCAUACUCAAAUGAAAACAAUGGUGAUGGAAGCUACAGAUACAGCUAUGAAACUGCUAAUGGAAUUAAAGCUGAAGAACAAGGUGCAUUGAAAAAUGUUGGCUCAGAAGCUGAAGCUAUUGCUGUACAAGGUGGAUUCUCUUACACAGACGAACAAGGAAACUUAAUCCAACUUACAUACACCGCUGAUGAAAAUGGUUUCCAACCCCAAGGAGCUCAUUUACCAACCCCUCCACCAAUCCCAGAAGCCAUCUUAAAAUCCAUUCAACAAAAUGCUGCCGCUCAAGCCGCUGCUGCUGCUCGUGGUGGUUAUGCAUCAGGAGCUUAUGAUCAAGGAGCAUACAACCAAGGUUCAUAUAGUCAAGGUUCAUACAAUCAAGGAUCAUCAGCAUCAAGUUUUCGACCAGCUAAACCAUCUUUCUCACCUCAAUCGGGAUACAAUUAUUAACUUUAAAUAGCGAAAUGCCAUAAAAAUGAUAGCUUUAAACUUUUUUGUAAAAGC